AUGGCAGCGGACUACCAAAGAAUUCAUCCGGUGGUGGUCGUUCCAGAAGCUCCACCUAGGACGCCUCCAGGUUCUAUUCUUCGAUCAAACAAAGUUGAGCCCGGGGGACAGGCGCAGCAUCAAAUUCCAUUGAGACGCAACGUCACCUUUUCUGUCGCACCACCACCACCACCUAUAAAGAAGAGAAGUUGUUUGUGCAAAUGCAUCUGCUGGACAAUUAGUUUACUCAUCCUCCUACUCUUCAUUCUUGGAGCUACUAUUGGCAUUCUUUACCUUGUAUUUCAACCCAAGCUUCCCAAAUACUCGGUGGACAAUCUCAGGAUAACGGAUUUGACACUCAAUUUCGACUUGAGCCUCUACGUGAGGUUCAACGUGCAGAUCACUGCCUAUAACCCGAAUAAGAAUAUCGGAAUAUAUUACGAGAAAGGGAGCCAUUUGAGUGUCUGGUACAAGGACACAAACCUGUGCCAAGGAUCAAUUCCCAGAUUCCACCAAGGGUACCAGAAUAAGACAGUGCUGAAUGUAGUCUUGAGUGGCCAAAAUCAAUAUGGGAGGACUCUCCUGGAGGCAUUGCAGGAGCAGCAACAGACUGGAAGAAUUCCACUGGAUCUCAAGAUUAACGAGCCAGUCAGCAUCAAACUUAAGACGCUGAAACUGAUGAAGGUUAAGAUCGUUGGCACCUGCAAGUUGAUCGUUGAUAGCCUAUCGACUAGUAGUAUAAUUAGCAUCAAAGCCAGUACCUGUAAUUUUGGAAUCAAGCUCUGA